CGCUAGUGAUCACAUCUCCAGCCUCUCAAUCAUAAAUCAGUUAAGCAAUUAGUCGAUAAAAUGUCUGCUGAGUUUGAACUUUGUCCUGGAAGAAAAAUCGGGGGCUCCAACCCCUGUUUUAUCAUCGCUGAGAUUGGACAGAACCAUCAAGGAGACAUAGAAAUCGCCAAAAAAAUGAUCCGAAUGGCCAAGGACUGUGGAGCUGAUUGUGCCAAGUUUCAAAAGAGUGAGAUUGAACACAGAUUCACCAAACACGCUCUGGAGCGUCCCUACACGUCCCCUCACGCCUGGGGGCCGACUUACGGGGCUCAUAAGCAUCAUCUGGAGUUCAGUCACCAGCAGUACAGAGAACUGCAGCAGUACGCCAAUGACAUUGGCAUCUUCUUUACAGCAUCAGGGAUGGAUGAGAUGGCCAUAGAAUUUCUUAAUGAAAUCAAUGUGCCGUUUUUCAAAGUUGCCUCAGCAGACACCAACAACAUCCCUUACCUGGAGAAAACCGCCAAAAAAGGUCGUCCCAUGGUGAUAUCUAGUGGAAUGCAGUCGAUGGAGACCAUGCACUGUGUUUACCAAACCGUUAAGAAGCACAAUCCCAAUUUCACUUUCUUGCAGUGCACCAGCGCUUAUCCACUGCCGAUAGAGCACGUCAACCUCAGUCUGAUCCCUGUAAGACAAACCACUUUCAUCUUGUAA